GUAUAAAAUUAAGUGAAAGAUUUUUCAAAAAAAAUUGGAAGACUUAAAAUGGAAGAAUCAAAAUGCGAUGUGAAGACCGAAGUAAAAAGUGAAGUAAAAAAUGAAGUCGAGGAUUCUGAUUAUGACACAUGGGGACAAAAGAACAAAUAUUCUUUUAGGGAAAACAGAAAACGUCCAGAACCGGGCAUAUAUGCCGAAAUAGUGAACUCUACAUACAUCAAGUCAUCUGAAGCGUUGUACGAUUGUGACAAAUGUACCCAGUCCUUUCAAAGCAAAACUGGCCUGCUGAAUCAUAGGCGUAUGCAUCAAAGACCAUCUGUUUACACGUGCGCACUAUGUCAGGAGACUUUUAAAACUAACGUGCAGCUAGUGACUCACAAAGAGGUGCAUAAAAACGAUGGUACCGUCUUCUUCUGUAACGUCUGCCAAUUCGCCUUCACAAACCACUACGAUUACGUCGCCCACCAGAUAUCGCAUACGAACAAAUCUAGCUACAAAUGUAUGGAAUGUGAUAAAUAUUACAAACCCGGUUACAUUGUGACGCAUAUCAUGACGCACUAUGAUAAAAGAAUGCAAUGUCCCAUUUGCAACAAGAUGAUACAGGGCGAAAAGUAUUUGAAAGUGCACAUCAAUAGCCACAAUGGGAUUGAAUGCGUCGAGUGUGGGAAGAAGUGCCCCAAUCGCACUUAUCACGACUAUCACAUGAGGAAGCAUACAGGAGUGAGGCCAUACCAAUGUUUGUACUGCGGCAUGGGUUUCGCCAGUAAAUCGGCUAAAACGGUACACACUCGUUUGCACACAGGCGAGAAGCCGCACGAAUGUCCCAUCUGUCAUGUAAGGAAGAGGCAACAAGCAGAUUUGACCGCACAUAUAGCUUCACACACAAAUAUAAAGAAGUUCGAAUGUGAUUAUUGUUCUAAAAAGUUUCUGAGUAAAGCAACUCUGCUCCCUCAUAUAAGAGCUCAUACAAAAACGAAAGUGUUCAAAUGUCCUACUUGUAAAAAGGCAUUCUCGUCGCGCACUGGCCUGCGUAUGCAUACGGUUUACUCGCACAUAAAAGAGAGGGAUUUCGUGUGUAAAUUGUGCAAUUGUUCCUUUAAAACCAAUAUGGGACUCAAGAGGCAUAACACAUCGAAAACUCAUAAAAAUAAUGAAUACGCUAGCCUAAAAAAAAUCUCAAUACAAUCUCAAACAAUAAUUUAGAUACAACUAGCUACUUGCCCCGGCUUCGCACGGGUGUACAUAUAUUGUAUAUAUAAACCUUCCUCUAGAAUCACUCUAUCUAUUAAAAAUAACCGCUUCUAAAUCCGUUGCGUAGUUUAGAGAAUGAAGCAUACAGAGGUACAGACAGCGACAGCGACUUUGUUUUAUACUAUGUAGUGAUGAUAUAUAGCAUCUUUGUUAUAUGAUAAC